UUUUCUGACCUUUGAACUAUUUACUCAAAUACCUGGGAACAGGUGGAAUAAGUUGUCAGAAAAACAUGUUUGUCAAAUGACCUUUUGGACAAGCAAGGUCAAUGUUGAGUUAUAAUCUCUGGAGUAUAUCUUGUACGAAACUUCAUUUAUAACAAACCAGCUGUCUGACUAGUUGACUUCAUACAAGCAGUGACAACAGUUCUUGUCCAGAAACAUCAUUAUGGGAAGGAAUUUGAAAUUAUGUGUUGCUGUUCCUUUAAUCUUCAUUCUUUUGAAUUUACUUAUUCCUGGUGAAGCUCAGAAUGAAACUGAGGCAACUGAAUUUAAAGUAGGACCAAAUGGUUUUCCUGAUAGAUUUAAUCCAGAUAAGGAAUCUGUAGCACCACAACAAAAUGAUCCAACGGAAAUUAACCCAGAAAAGGAAACUACAGUACAACAAAAUGAACCUACUGAAUUUAAAGUGGGAUCACAUGGUUUGCCUGAAGGAUUUAAUCCAGAAAAUGAAACUACAGUACAACAAAAUGAACCAACAGAAUUUAAAGUGGGAUCCCAUGGUUUACCAGAAGGAUUUAACCCAGACAAUGUUCCUGUAGUAUAACAACAAAAUGAAACAAUUGAGUUUAAAGCAGGUCAACAUAGUUUUCCUGAUGAAUUUAAAUCAGGCACAAAAAAUUAGGGUGCUGAAAUAAACGUAAUAGUAAUAAAUGUACAGUAAUGUUUUGUUGUUUGUUGAAGAAUAAAUUUUAGCUUUUUU